ACCUAUAGGUUUGUCCAUUCAUCUUCUUGCUUAUGAGUCAUAAAUCCGAAAAAGCGUACACCCACGCUUUCCAAUACAUUGAAGCCAAUUUAAUGAAAUUUCGUCCAGCUUCCUUUACACUGAAUUUUGAGCAUGCUCUGCGGAAGGGCUUGACGAAUGUUUUUCCUAACGCACAAAUACAUGGAUGCUGGUUCCACUACUGCAGGGCCAUAAAAAGGAGAGCUUCGAAAAUUCCAAACUUUUUGAAAGGCCUCCGAGGAAAUAAAAAUUGUAACAAAAUAUUCAAUACAUUUUUUGUCCUACCCCUCUUGAAGCCCGAAAAUAUGCAGAGGGGGUUCGAAAUAAUUCAAAGGGAAGCAAACGGCUUUACAAUGUUCAACAAUUUUAUGGAAUAUUUUCAAAAGCAGUGGAUAGUAAAUGAUCCUUUACAACAAUUUUCUGUUUAUGGAAAAAGUGUUCGCACAACAAGUAGUUUGGAAGCGUGCAACGGAAAAUUGGGAAAACUUUUGCCAAAAAACGGAAAUUUUUUCAACUUUGUGGACCAAUUAAUUGAUGAGGAACAUACAAUUACUAUUGAUUUUUUGGCAUCUGUGGAUAGGCAAACAUGGGAAAUGUUUGAGAGACCUAAAUCCAAAUUUCAACUGCGAAAUCAGUUAAUUGAGUCCAUGACCAUUAAAUUCGAAACAGAUAAGAUCACUUUAACGGAACUAUUGAGUCAAUUAAGUUCAAUAUGUUCCUAGAAAACGGACUUGAAAAUUUUUGAGUUUGAAAAUUUCACCGGUGAAGAAGAAGAAGACA